CCUUCAAAGGGCUGACCUUUCGGGGAGAAGCAGCAACCGCAACCCAUUCAGCUCCCCUCUUGAGUUGUGAGCACAAACCUUUGCCCCCUCGCCCCUUUUAGCCCCUGUUCAGUCUGCCUAGGACUCCCUAUUCUGCCUCAAGUCAUGCAACUCUGCUUGCCUUUCCACUGUGGAUAGUACAGCCAUCAACCUUGGGGUCUCCCUCCCUUGCAAGAGCCAGAUUGACUAUGCUUGGAGCCUGAUCCAAACACUGCUAUGACAGAGCUGAGCCAUGAAACAACCAAAUUUUCAGUUGAAGUGAGACUUUUGGAAGGGCCCAUGAAUUUGUACCCCACCCCUUUCCAUUUUCCUCUCCUUGUUAGUUAUGUCUCGCUCCCGUCAUGGGCGAUCUUCCAAAUUAGUCAGAAAGGAAGAUCUAAGCAAAAAGAAAACCAGCCAACUAAGUAAGGCAUCCAAGAUUAUGACCAAAAAGGUGACGUUGGUAAAAGCUCUGAGUGCUGGGAAAUUAAAACAGCUGAUGCAAGAAAGAAAUAAUGUUAAGAAAAAGUCAAAACCAAAACCACCUGUGCCAGUAAGAAGUCUUCUGACAAGAGCCGGAGCUGCUCGAAGGAGACUGGAUCAAACUGAUGUCCUUUUCCAGAAUCCAGAGUCCUUAUCUUGCAAUGGCUUUACAAUGUCUCUUCGAAGCACCUCUCUAAUUCAACGCCUGUCCCGACCUCCAGUGGUCAUCACAAGACCUGAGAAAAUUCCAUCCUCUAAGACAUUAGAACAGGAAGAUAAAAGCCAAUAUGGGGUCCUAGCAGAGUCCAAAGAACAUAUAGUAGAAAUUGAAAAAGAGACAGAUCAGUCACAAGAAAUCUUACUCUCUCCUGACAAAAAGGAUCUGAUAGUUGUUACCUCUAAUGCAUCCCCAAGCAAAGAUAAUGGACAAGAAAAUAUGCCAUUUAAUGAAGAUGCCACUUGGUUUCAAUGUGUGGAGGAUCCCACAAAAAGUAUUUCUACUCAUAGCAGCCUACCAACUCAAAUUUCUGAGGCCUCAGAAAAGAACUGUAAGUGUGAAGGCUUCUUCCUUGAAAAGUUAUUAAAUGAUUCAAGUGACCCUGUUCGAGCUCUUGCCCAAGACUCUAUGCCUAUUCCUUUAUUUAAAAACGCUGCCCACAUAGUGACCUCUAAAUCAAGUCUCAACAUGCAGUUAGAAGAUUUGGGCUCAAGAGCAGAAUUUCUUAACCUAGCUGACUCUUAUUUGGAGCCAAUGAAGGAGAAACCUGAUUUAUAUCAAUCCUCCUGUUAUAAAGGCAAAUCUGAACUGGAUCUACAAAAUGAGCCUAGUGGGCCCGUUUUUCCUACCUCUUUAGCAAAUUACCUCUUAGCAGGAUCAGACCAGAAAGAGGCCAUUCGUGGUUCUUUAGACCAACCUGUGACCCAAGGCACUGCUUCAGACCUGCUAGAGGGCCAUGGUGCUAUGCAAACUUUGACUUUGGACUCAGGUCAGAUUGCUAGUUCAUUACCAAACUUUGAGAAAGGUCUGGUUGCUGCCACAACAGAUAUAGUUGAUCAAGAGAUGCAUAAACCAUAUGAUACUUGCUUGCUUUCAGAAUUGCCAUCUAACAAUCAUAAUUUUACAAUAGUCCCUGAGAGUGACAAAGAAUCAAAUCCUUUAUCACAAGACCCCAAAUUGGCACCAAGUGAUCCUGGCCAGUUGGAUGGAGAGAGUCUCCAGAUCAGUGCAACUAAGGUGAUUUCUGUAUCCAUGGCAUUUUCUAGCACCACCUCUUACUCUUGUCCUUUCUCCUACACUACUUUGCUCCCUACUUUAGAGAAGAAGAAAAGAAAGCGAUGUGGAGUUUGUGAACCUUGCCAACAGAAGGCAAAUUGUGGUGAAUGUAUUUACUGUAAAAAACAAAAAUUUAGCCACCAAGUCUGUAAGAUGAGAAAAUGUGAGGAACUGAAAAAGAAGCCAAUGGUCAUAGUGCCUUUUGAGGUUAUAAAGGAAAACAAGAGACCUCAGAGGGAAAAGAAGCCCAAAGUUUUAAAGAUACAUUUAGACAACAAACUAGUAAAUGGCCCCAGGUCAGAAUCCAUGGAAAACAGUAAAUGUGGUAAUGGUGAAAAACAAAGGUUGAAGUUAAAGCAGAACAUCCUUGAAAAUGUACAGACCACUGAAGAAGACAACAUGACAGGUAUAGAAGUAGAGAAAUGGUCAGAGAACAAGAAAUCACAUUUGACCAUCCAUGUCAAAGGAGACAUCAGUGGUCCUGCAACUGAGACUGAAAACUUGAAAAACUCUGAAGACAAUGAGAAAAAAAACCUUUUGAGUGACCUCAUUGAGCCCCCCAAAUUGUUUGCACAAACUGUUAAAAAUGGCAUUAAAAAUGUGUACUACUCACCAGCUGAAGCUGAUGUGUCAUUGAAAAAAGUCAAGUUUGAAAAAACUCCAGAUUUGCUUGAUCAUGACACAGAAUGCCCCCCCAUUCCCUCCUUGGGUAACACUACGAGCUCUGACGACAGAGCAGGUGCUUUGGUCCCUGGCAUUUACCAUGCUCACCUUAAGAGGGAAGAGAGUAUUUUAGUGAUACAGAAGACAGAUUCUAUCUGUCACUCUCCUCAAGACCCCACAGACAUCUUUUUGAACAGUAAUAUCAGUGCCCAGGAAAAUCCGUCCCGUGUAGUUACAUGGGAUAAAGGAUUCAAGCAAGGAGAAGUUCCUGAAUGCAAACCCAUCAGGGAGCUAAAGCAAGAUGAUUCUCCAGUUCAGCCCUGUCUCCUGUCACUGAUGAGAGACAGGAGGCUCACUCUAGAACAGGUCGUGGCCAUAGAAGCCCUAACUCAGCUAUCAGAAGCUCCCUCUGAAAACUCUUCACUGUCUAAAUCGGAAAAGGAUAAAGAGGCUGCUCAAGUGACAACAAACUUGCUUCACAGCUGUAAAGCGAUUUUGUGUUCUGUAGGAUCCCCUGCAGGAAAAGAUUUCCAGGAUCCAAACUUAAAAAUCGAUUCCCUGGUCCUACAUCCCUGUCCCUCCUUGGAAAAGCAAACUCCUAGGAAGCCAGUGCUAUACAAUGGCCAAAAUAAUUCUAAAUUGCACAGUAGUUUAAUGACAAAUCUUAGCACAUCCAAGACACAUGCAUCUUCAAGAGUCACCAAGUCGGGAUCUAUAACAGAACCAAAUUCAAAUUCCUCCAGGAAUCACAGCAACAAAGAAAUUGUUCUUCAGGGGAGAAUUACUGUUGGCGGGUGUGCCAAGAGUGCACAUGGUUUACAAACAAGUAGCAAGUUGGCAUUUUGCAGGCAAUUACAGGAAAGCACUAGCAAAAAGUUUGACUCCAAAAAUAAUUUGUCUUAUAGGAAUACCCCUCACAGUCAGAUAGAAGAAGAUGUAGCUGCCCAGUUGACCCAACUUGCAUCCAUUAUUGAAUCCAAUAAUGCAAAGCUGGAGGGAAAAGAAGGUGCAAAGACAUUUCCCAGUCUUGAGUGUCACAAUGUACAGCAAAAAUACAACCAAGAACAAAGCUCAUGUCAAGAGAAACCGCCUGUCCCUGUACGGAACAAUCGUGGCUCAUUGUUGGCAAAGCAAAAACCAUCCUCCUACAAAAGGGGGAGAUCUGCAUCAUGGAAACAGAGACUAAAGAAAAAACCCCAAGCUAAGAGCAGUCACCAAAAUGACCAGAGUGAACGGGAGCGCCUGGCAUGGCAAUACAGCAAGUUUCACGAUCUAUGGGUGGGGUCUAAACUUCGAAGAUUAGGCUACGUCUCCUCCCGUGAAUUUCACGCUACCAUGAUAGAGAGAAACCCUUUAUUUACCAAAGUUCCGAAGCCACUCACUCAAAGUACUUUAUCGACACAACAUAAAAAACUAUUUCUUCCCCUCACUCAGAUAAAAUUUCACAGACAUUUACCUGAGUCAGCACAGGAGAAAAUGAAGGAAAAACUGUUUGGUUUGGAAGAGAUCACUGAACACACAAAAUCGGAGGGUGUAGAUCCUCUGACAGGAAGUGUGGUUCCAGCGGGUUUGCAGCAGAGUGGUGGGUCCUCUACAGAUCCUCUCUCCCUGUUCCACUUAUACACAAAGUCCCCUUUAAGAAGACCAAGUGGCAAUGUACAGGUGUUUACAGAAAAAGGUAACAAUUCUCAGGUACAGCAAUCAGUGAAUGUCAAUCAGUCCCUUAAUCAAUACAGCCAGAGAGCUGGUGCUACAGCUGGUGAAGACCAAACACAGUUUCAGCAGGAUGCAGAAGAGCAACCCCGGAGUCAGAGCUGGCAAAUGAUGCCUGCUUCCAAUUGUGACCCCCCGGUGCCAGGCACCGUCGAAACUCUCAGGAACGAAAACCCAGCAUGCCCAGGUGGAACAACAGUGGGGACAUCCAACAGCUCAGGGGUGGUCACUUCACAUAGUGUUGGCGACUCGGGGAAUUCCCCAGGAAAGAACACACUGAGCUGUUUCCUGGAAUCCCCAAUGACCUUCCUAGACACCCCUACCAAAAAUCUGAUUGAUACCCCCACAAAAAAAGGGCCAUCUGAACUGCCAAGCUGUAGCUGUGUUGAACAAAUUAUAGAAAAAGAUGAAGGGCCAUACUAUACACAUCUUGGAACAGGACCAAGUGUGGCUGCUGUCAGGGAAAUCAUGGAGGCCAGAUAUGGUGAAAAAGGAAGAGCAAUUAGGAUUGAAGUCGUCGUAUAUACAGGCAAAGAAGGAAAAAGCUCUCAGGGGUGUCCAAUUGCCAAGUGGGUAAUAAGAAGAAGCAGUGAUGAAGAAAAACUCCUCUGCCUGGUUCGCCAGCGUGCAGGCCACCACUGCCAGACAGCUGUCAUUGUCAUCCUCAUCUUGGCUUGGGAGGGAAUUCCUCAUCUCUUGGCUGACACAUUAUAUCAAGAGCUGACCCAGAGUCUCAACAAAUAUGGCUGCCCAACCACCCGGCGCUGUGCACUUAAUGAAGAUCGUACCUGUGCAUGCCAAGGAUUGGAUCCAGAAACUUGUGGUGCAUCCUUUUCCUUUGGAUGCUCUUGGAGCAUGUAUUUCAAUGGCUGCAAAUUUGCAAGAAGCAAGAACCCUAGAAGAUUUCGACUAAUUGCAGAUGAUCCCAAAGAAGAAGAAAACCUUGAAAGUAAUUUGCAAACCCUCGCUACAGAUGUUGCUCCUGUAUAUAAGAAACUUGCUCCAGACGCUUUCCAAAACCAGGUAGAAAAUGAACACCUUGGCUCAGAUUGCCGUCUUGGUCGCAAGGAUGGACGUCCUUUCUCUGGGGUUACUGCCUGCAUAGACUUCUGUGCCCAUGCUCACAAAGACACACAUAACAUGAAUAAUGGAAGUACUGUGGUUUGUACAUUGACAAAAGAAGACAACCGGUCAGUGGGUGUGGUUCCCAAAGAUGAGCAGCUCCAUGUGCUGCCACUUUACAAAAUUUCCCAAACAGAUGAAUUUGGUACAAAAGAAGGAUUAGAAGCCAAGAUUAAAACGGGGGCUAUCCAGGUGCUCACCGCCUUCCCCAGAGAAGUGAGGAUGUUAGCAGAGCCAGUGAGAGCCUCUAAGAAAAAGAAGGCGGACGUCAGGAGGGGGCCGGCUGAAAAGCCUGGCCAGGUGCCAAAGAAACACCCACCUCCAGUAAAGUUCAAAAAUGGGCCUCCUGAAGUGUGCACCAAGGCACCCCAACCUUUAGGUAGCAAAACUGAGGCAUUGAAACCUGACAUAAAGAGUGAACUUCCAGACCCACAUUUUAACCUUCAUAGUGUGGCCAACACUACAAGCUACUCUUGGAUCAAAUCCAUUCAUCACCCAUUGAAAGGGACAAACUUACCUCUGAACUCCCUGACUCCUGUGUCUGGCUUGGCAGCAACUUCAUUUCAGAAUGACUCUGAAAUUUCCUACGGGUUUUCAGAUCAGGGUAGUGUUCCACCCUGGACAGUGGUUUCUACAAAAUACAGUGGUGCUAAUGCAGUAACUGAGGAAUGCCCUGGACUUCUACUGAAUGCUGAGCCAGCAUCUUUUCCUGGAAUGACUUCCACCAUGACAGAUCCCCAAACUCAUGCUGACCUUCCUACUGGCCCAGUUGAGCAUCUAAUUUCCAACAUGGCAAAAUUUCAACCUCCAUCAUUACUGCCACCCGUUACUCAGAUAGCUAGCCCUGGUGACUCCAACCCAGUGAAAUUAGACAAUGAGCACAAGACAGGUCCAAGUGAAAUUUCUGCUUUGGCUUCAUCCCUGGUGAAUGCCAGCAGACAAGAGCCUGAGCUAGCUGCUCAUUUCCCAUCAGCUGCUGAGCAGAUACCAAGUGAUGAGCUGACAGAGUCAGCUGACAGUGAAGAGAAAUCAGAAGAGAUGUGGUCAGACAGUGAACACAACUUCUUGGAUGACAACAUUGGGGGAGUGGCAGUGGCCCCUUCCCAUGGCUCGGUGCUAAUUGAGUGUGCCCGGCGAGAGCUUCAUGCCACGACCCCCAUCCGAAAGCCAAACCGCAACCAUCCCACACGGAUCUCCCUUGUCUUCUAUCAGCAUAAGAACCUGAAUGAACCAAGGCAUGGGUGGGCUGUAUGGGAGGCAAAGAUGGCUGAAAGAGCCCGAGAGAAAGAGAGAGAAGCUGAAAGGCUAGCUACUGAAAAUGCCAACAACCAGAAAACCAAACAGCCUACUGAGAGUCCUGAGAUUUUCUGUGAGGAAAAUGAAUUGAACCAAAUUCCUUCCCGGAAAGCAUUAACAGUAACUCAUGACAAUGUCAUUACAGUGUCUUCUUAUGCCCUCACUCAAGUCGCAGGACCCUAUAAUCAUUGGGUCUGAAGGCUUUUAAAACACAGAAUCUUGUCCCCAUGCAAUGUUCUGUUACUUCAAGGUGCUGUUGAAAAAAAAAAAAGAGUCAAGUUGUAGUUUUCUCUUUGUUCAUCUCAACCAUUUUAAGGCUGAGGUAAAAAAAAAAGGGGGGGAGAGUGAUUUCUUAAAUGUGACUUUAUAUUUUGAUCAUUGGUGGAGUGGUGCUUAAGCACAUUUUAAACAAAAAAAAAGAAAUUUUAUAGUUUUUAAUAGAUUGCUUAAGAAAAGUUUUGGUUAGGUUAUUAACCUUGAUAGAAAGAUUCAGUUUAUGACCUUUAGGAAUUUAUACUUUUGGUGCUUUAAAUCGAGUCUGUUUACUAUGAAAGAAAAAUCAUUUUUAGAGGAUUUUAACAGAUUCUUUCCUAUUUUAAGAGGUAAAAAUCAAGUUUUACAGUAUUAGCUCUCCAUAGUUCUUGGUGCUUAACCACAUUGAAACAGUGAAAGAUAAGCUGAAUUAUUACUUCAUGGUGCCAUUGUUCCAACAACUUCCAAUCAUUGUGCUAAAAGUGAAAGUCCAUUUAUACCUUCAUAAAUUACCAAUGAAAUUCCCUCUCUCUGGAAAGAGUUCUCGUAUCAUAUAGAAUGACCCAGUUGUUAUCCUUAGUGAUGGUUGGAGGCUGUUUGUAAACUGUAAAUAUAUAUACAUAUAUAUAUUUUAAAAGCACUUUCUAUUUUUAAAAUUAACUUGAAAUAGUAUAGUAUAAGAAUCAUAUUGUCUAUUGUUUGUGCAUAUUCUACAAAAGAAAUCAUUUUAUUCUUGCUGUGUAGAGUUCCAUAUUGCUACAACUGAAAUAUGUAUACUAAUAAUGUAUGUGGUUUGUGGUGUUUCUUUUUUAUUUGACCUUUUUUUCAUUGAAGAUAUCAGAUACACAUAAAUCAGUAAGCAAUGCAGAAAACUGUUGUCUACAAAAUCGAAGUUAGGAAAUAUAUUACCAAUGUUUAUUGGUGUCAUUAUUGAGAGUUAAAUAAUAUACUGGGAGCUUUUUUAGGGUAAACUCCCUGAUUUUUUUGAGCAGUCUUACAGUUAGUAAUCUAACCAAACUCUCAUCCGUCCUCAUCAGUGAAGAAUUUUUCUGAACAAAGAUGGGUGAAGUAGACCACCAAAUCCUCCUAAAGCCCAGAAGGUAUGGGAUGAGCAACUAAAUAAGUAAAGAAGCCCUAGACUUGCGUUGUUGAUUCUGAAAACUCUUACUGAUAUGGGAGAAAAAUGGAUUCAAAUGAAAAAACAAAACCUUUUUUUUUCAUUGUAUAUAUAAAAUGCAUCAAACAAGGUCCUACAGAAGUGUUCAGUGGUCAGGACGAAUGCUAACUCAGUUCAGAUAGGUCUUUUUUGUUUUCCUUCAUGAGGAACUUCUGUGAAUAUUUUAAAACAUUGAUUUACAUUUUGUUGUAAACUUUGUUUUAAUUUUGAAUCAUUUGCUCCCAAUUUUUGAAAACUUCUGUUUCACCAAAUAAAUAAGGUUACUUUUGUUCUAAAAAAUAGAAAAAGUAGACACUCCAUUUACUAAAUACUAUAGAAUCCCACCUUCUUUUCUUUUUCAUUUUUACAUUUAUUUAUUGAAUAGAAGUUAUAGCCAAACAGUAAGGUUAUCUAAACUAAACCUUUUGUCUAUGAAGAAUUAUACUAAUGCUGUAUUUGACUGUGUUAUAAUGUAGAGGUGCUAUAACAAAAUAAAUCCGAAAUGUCUAGGUUACUUGCUAGUAUCUAAACUAAUGGUGCUUUUUCCUUGGGAAUGCCAUAGGAAUCUACCACAACCAUUAAUACUGAAAGUUUGGGUGCAGAAAAUACACGAACUUGUUAAUUAAAAAAAUGUUUUUUUUUUCCUGUAUACCCCUCAUUGGAGUUUCAUUCUCUCUCUUUGAACGCUUUGUAACUUAUUUGUCUUAAGUAGGAUUGGCAAAUACCCUGUGGAGAAAGGUGUUGUGUCCAGCUUUUGACUGCUUCAAAUAAAGGAAUAUGAAGGGAUUAUAAAGAACAAAAAAGGUCAAAAUGCUGGACCACCAUCUUGGACCAGAAGUUUUCUGCUUCUUGAACAUAUAUAAGAAAAUACAUUGAAUUAUUUUAGUCUUUGGUGUGCCUUAGAUCUCCUUUUAAGACAUGUAUAUUUUUGUGAGCCUGAAGUUCUGUAUAUGUUAUGACUGUAUAAGUGGUGAAUUGUAAGUUGUUCUGGCUGCUUCAAGGUAUUUUCGAGUAUUGGAUGAUCAGGAAUACACACUUCUCCUCUGUUUAGCACAGUGGCCUAUUACUGACUAGAACUGGCAACUUGAGCCAAGUAGCUUUAGAAAUUAACUAUCUAGUUCCUCAAUGAUUAACCCUGUCUUGAAGUUCUUAAAAUGGUAAAGGCAGAGCUCCUGUAACCCUCAGCCCCCAAAGAGCAACCUUACUGAUCCACUGUUCGCAGGGGUGCUAAUGCAUUUAAUCAUUUUCAAUUCUGAGCCUUUGCUUUUACUAGCAGCCUUGACUCAACUUAUUUCCUAGUCAAGCAAAUUUAUUAGGAAAAAAAUGCUGAGCUAUCUCUUCUGUUUGGUGUGUGGGGACAGUAACAAAUACAAACAAAGCUCAGAAAAUAUUACAGAAGUUGGCCUUGGAAUUUUCUCUAAAAUUUUUACCCAUGGCCUUCUGGUCCAGGAUUUGAUAGGACUGGAGGUAUUUAAAUAAUCUCCCUGAGGGAAAAUAAGGCAAACUAGAGUUUUCCUAAUUCUUGCCAGCGAUUCAGAAGGAGCUCUCUAUUCUAUCAGCUGGAGUGCAUGUUGUGGUACAGAUCUGCCUCUUAGUAAUCCACCUUAUUUGGAACAUGGAGGUCGGAGCAUUUUCAGUUCAACUUAGUAGGAUACGGCCUCUCUCUUGUGUUCUCUGGGCCCCUGAAUCCUGACAAACAUAAAGGGACUCUUACUAGUACACACACACACACACACACACACACACACACACACACCUCAUUUCCUCUUCCUAGUUACCUGUGCCCUGAAAUUUUUAAUAAACACAAAAGGAGUUGGGUCCCUCAGAAUUCAGGUUUUUGAAGCCUUAUCAAAUUAGGAAAACAACCAAUUUGAACCAAGUUAUUUUCCAGAAAAUUUGAAAUCCAUUUCAUUUUGUUAUGCCAGGUUUUACCAUAGCUGAUGUCCAUCCACAGUGGUGGACCCCUUUAAAAUUUUUUCUUAUUUCAGUCUUUUCCAUUGCCAGCGAUUUUUAAAAGCUUGUGUUCAUUUAACACAUAGUAAGUAGUCCACAUCAUAUGUAUCUCUUGGAAUUUUCAUUGUAGCAUUUCAGAAUACUAAUAUUUAUGAAACCCAGAAAUAAUUCUGGUUUCAAAUAGAAGGUCACUCAGAAGACUGUUCUAUUAACAUGAUUUGAUUAAGUCUUCUACUCUUAUGUCCCUUCUCUUUAUAAUCAUUACCUGAAUUUUUUAUAUGGUAUAAACCUUAUUGUUAGUAAUGCAUUAUCUUCAUGGUUACUACAUAGCCUGGGGGGUUUAACGUCAUCACUUUGCAGCAAGUUACAAAUCUCCUCGCCUCUGAUCUCUUAUCAAAGCUGCCCACCACAGCCAACAGCUAACUCUUUGGCACCAUUGCUGUUACUUCUUUCAUCAAUCAGGAUCAGUAGCCCAAGACACUAAAAUUUCUAAUUCAUCUCUGCUGGUGUGUCCAGCUCUUUAACAAAAUGCCAAGCAGGAUGUUGAUCUAUAGCUUCAAUCAAAGGAUUGUUGUAAUCAUUGAAGGAACAUUUCUUAAGUUGUUCGACUCAGUAAGUGCUUAAUAAAUGCUUGGUGAGUUGAAUCAGUUUCAAACCUUCCUUUAAAUGAGGAAUAGGUUUACUGCCCAUAAACCUGAUUUUAAAUUUCUUUACAGGUAAUUAUUUUGCUGCUUAUUUUCUAGUCUUCCAGUACCUUUAUUAUGCAAGGCUGCAUGCAUAGUGUCUGUUUUUCUACUGGCCAAAUGUAGCGUUCUCAUGAGAGGCAUUCAACUAGCAUUGAUCCACAGGCAAAUUCUUGGGAAACACAACUGGUGACCCUGAACCCUAGCUAAGUUGGAAAGCAGCAGAUGUGUCUCUCAUGUAAAUCAUCUACUGAGAAUCAAUCCAUACAAAACAGCCUACUUCCUAUUCUACUGGUGUCAUAGUGUAAUCUGAUUAAUUAAAAAAGAAGAAACUAUUACAAAUAGUAUGUACAAGGAAAGAAACCUAAAAUAUUUUAGGAUGUUUAGACAUAUUUCCUCAGACAAAAUCAGUAACGGUCAUAAAAUGAUAGAUUUAGCACUAGGAGGGAUCUUUGAGGUCAUGGUCUUCUAGUUCCAACCCUUUAUUUUAUAAAAGAGGAAACUGAGGCCCAAAAGGUUCAGUGGCUUGUCAAGGGUCACACAGAUAGAAAGAGGCAGAGAUGGGACUUGCAGUAACUCUAGAAUCCCCUAAUUCUAACAUAAUGCUCUUUUGACUAUGGCAUACAGAUUCUAUGCCAAUGUCAGUGUUGUAGGAGCACAUAACUGAUAUGCUUAUUCCAAUGCAUGCUACGUCUAUGUUGUAUAAUUCCAUUUUGUCUAUAGAAAUCCUUGGUCGUGAUGUCACAUUAGCAUGGACUUUGACAUUGUGCGGAAAAUUUUGGUUGAAUAGGAUGUCCAUUUAACAUAGAAAAUCAGUUGCUCUGAAUUGAUGGAGAAGCAAUCUUUUCUUUUUUUUCUUUUUUCUUUUAUUUUAGGCAAUUGGGGUUAAGUGACUU